AUGGCCACGUCCGCCUCCUUGCUCCACCUUUCCACGCUCGCCCCAGCCUUCUCGCCGCCCGCACCCCGGCGCGGGCUCCCCACGUCACAGCUCGACCUCCGCCCCAGCCGCCGUCACCACGGCGUCUCGGUCUCACUCGCCGCCUCGUCAUCCGCCGCGUCUCCGGAGGUGGAGAAGGAGCCCUCCUCGCCGUCCACCCCGCCGCCGGAUGAAUCCUCAGCCCUAUCGGCCGUGGCGGAGAGCGUGAAGGUGCUCAAGGAGGCGGCCAAGACGAGGAAGGUGCCGGCCGACAAGGUGCUGGCGGCGCUGGCCAGGAUCAAGAAGGCCAAGCUCGACGCCUCCGCCUUCUUCGAGACCCUCGGCGGGACCGAGUCCCCCGGCAGGACAUGGAAGCUCAUCUUCACCGCUCAGGGUAGUAAGCUUGAGAAAGGCAGCUACUUCCCGGUGACCGCCGUCCAGCGAUUCGACGCCGCGGGGCAGAGGAUCGAGAACGGGGUGUACCUGGGGCGGGCGGGGAGCCUGAGCUUCGAGGGGCGGCUGUCGUGGAAGAAGAAGAUCCUGGCCUUCGUCUUCGAGCGGGUGCGCGUCAAGCUCGGGCCGCUGCCCUCCAUGGAGAUCCCACUCGGCGGCGGCGGCGACGUGGGCAGGGAGCCGAGCACCAAGGACCCCUUCUUCCUGUGGUUCUACGUGGACGAGGAGGUCGCCGUGGCGCAGGGCAAGGGCGGCGGGACCGCCUUCUGGUGCCGAUGCAAGCGCGUCGACGGGCAAGGCCGGCGCCCCGCCUUCUGGUACUUCGGUUUCAACAUAAUUUAG